CUCUCUGUCACUGAAGCUUCUUCUGAGGCAGACUUCUCCUCACAAAGCACGUAAUGAAUUUGAACCAAGUGAUUUUACUGUGAAGUUCGCCUCUUUGAGUUGAUGCCAUUGAAUUUCUUCGCGGCUUAAGCUGUUUCAUUGUAGCAUUAAUAGUUUUCUAGAUUUUCACCAGGGGGUUUAGUUUGGUUUUCCUAAAGCUUCUUGUUUUUAGUAUAAAACUGGCUUUAGUUUCAGAUUGACCAUAACACAUACUUCUGAAGUUCAGUUCAAAUAAUUUUCAGUGUAUUUCACACCUCCGCGCCUUUCUAAAGUUUGGUUUGUAAGGGGAGGUUUAGAGGAAGGAAGAGAACAUGAAUGAGAAGAAUGAUGCUGAGAAGCUUGAUGACUUUAUGUUGCCAGGAUUUCGAUUUCAUCCUACAGACCAGGAGCUUGUUGGGUUCUACCUGAAGAGGAAGAUUCAACAAAAAUCUCUUCCCAUUGAGCUGAUUAAGCAAGUGGAUAUCUACAAAUACGAUCCAUGGGAUCUUCCAAAGCUGGUGUCCACCGGGGAGAAGGAGUGGUAUUUCUACUGCCCAAGGGACCGUAAAUACAGAAACAGUGCACGGCCAAACCGUGUCACAGGAGCUGGGUUCUGGAAAGCCACAGGAACGGACCGGCCAAUAUAUUCCUCUGAUGGCGCCAAGUGCAUCGGUUUGAAGAAAUCCCUAGUGUUCUACAGAGGCAGAGCUGCCAAAGGGAUCAAAACUGACUGGAUGAUGCACGAGUUCCGACUACCUUCUAUCUCUGAUUCAGCACCACCCAAGAAGCUCUUAGAUAAAAGCUUUUCAGCAAAUGAUUCAUGGGCAAUUUGUAGAAUAUUCAAGAAAGCUAACGCCAUGGCACAGAGAGCUCUAUCUCAUUCUUGGGUAUCUCCACAAGAAGCCACAACAUCCGAUAUAUAUACCCAAAGUGCAUACUCUGCUCAAUUUAGUUCAGAAAACAUUUCUUGCACAACUGAAACCGGAUCAUCCAUGCAGUUAUGCUCCAAUAAUGACCUACAGCAGGCAUCUAGUGCUAGUUUUUCUGUUCUAGAUAUCCCCUCGUGCAGACCCAUGAAUCCAACAAUUUGUAGACCGUCCCUUUUUCCUAUUCCAGAUGGAGAUUUUCCCAAUGGAUUCAUAUUUUCACCUCUUGAAAGGUGUACAGUUGAUGCCUCUUCUAUGCUUUUCAACCUGUCCCCUGCCUUAAUGGGGGAUGUUAAUAAAACCCCCAAUAGUAUUAACUUUGAGGGACCACAACAGCACUUCAACAGUUCCUCAAUCAGGUCACUUCAAGAUAUGCAAGGGAGUUUAGGCAUUGGAGAGGACGAGAGCUUAAGGAAGAAGAAUCCUAGUGAAACCCAUGCUAAUGAUCAGUGGGGAAAUGUCCAAUCAAUUGGAUUUCCUUUCAGUUUGCCUUCAAGUCAGCCAGAUGCAUGGAAACCUAAUAUGGAAUGGGAUUCUCCCCCUUGUCCUAGUGAGACAUCUGCUGCUUAUUCGACGAACAAAUGUUAUACUUGAACUGAUAUGUAGGCAAAGUGCUUCAAUUUUAGCUUUGGGUUGAGUAAGUUGGAGCUCAUAUUAGUAUAAAAUGUUAUGUUCAGUCUUUUAGAUUGUUUUUUUUUUUUUUUUUUUUUUUUUUUUUCAUGGAAGGCCUGUUUAGAAUUUUAAUGUACAGUUCUUAUAUAUUCCCAAUUGCGUGAUUUGCUAAAUACUACUAUAUUUUCCUUCUUUCUUUGGGUUUCCACCCC